AUGAAGCUCUUCCUCGCCAGCCUUCUCGCCAUCGUGCUGGCUGCCACCGCCGUCAAUGCAGCCCCUACCUCCGAUGCCGGCAACGAGCCGUUCCGCGAGGCCGUGGUCGAGAAGAUGCUGGUUCGUCGAGACCAAGACCCCUUUCUUGACUGCAACAUGUGUGCCGAGAAUCUCGACGUCUGUCUCAAGUACGGCUUCGGCCCAUCCAAAAAUAUCGAGCAUUGUGCCGACAUCUGUUCCGCUUUCAUGUGCCGCAAGUUCCCCAAAGUCAGUAUAACCACGCGGUGUCACUUUGGUUUCGAACCAAACAAAAAGACAGAGUAAACAUACUGAUGACAUCAAAGUGCCGCAUGUGCGACGACAAAUACAACCACUGCAAUCCUUACCACAACGUGCACGUG